AGCAGGAUCUAGAUGGUGACUUUGUCGCCUUGAGGCAAACAACUAUCGGUGACUUAAACAUGGACAAAUUUAUCGUUUUCUUAACUUGGCUUCUGUUUCUGCAAGGACUUCAUUCGAUAACGAUCGAUCAGCAAUACGUGGACGAUGUUGCUGCAGGUCUUCACAUAUACUGGAGGGUCGUUACCAACACUAAAAGCAUGGCAUCCAAUGACAUUGAACUGACCAUGACCAACAAUGCAACCAAUGUGCUUAAUAACGGUAGUAACUGGGGAAUAUAUUUUGACACUCCAAUGAUGGUAGAACCAGGAAUUCUGCCAGAAAAGGAGGCCAUCUUGAAAGAUCAGGGAAUAAAAUUGAAGCACUGGAAAGGAACGCAUUAUGUGAUAUCCCCCACUACGGAUUUCAUAGACUUGAAGCCCGGAUCACUACGAAAAAUAAAAUUUCGAUUAGCGGCUUGGACGGUAUCUCGAACGGAUUCCUUCCCGAAUUGGUAUAUUAGUAUAGAGGGUUUCACACCUAGAGUCAUUGCCAAUACUGUAGGAGAAUCGUUAGAUUAUGUGGUAGAUUUUACUUCACCUAACCAAUGGAAAAGAGCCACUACAGAUACGUACAACCCGUUUUCACCACAGCAGCGAUAUAUGAGAUAUAUGAAGCCACAGAGUACCGCCACCCAUCCUCGUAUUAUCCCUAAACCACUCUAUAUAGAUAUAUCAUCGUCAACCAAACUGAAUGUAGAUUUAACAUGGCAGAUCUUUUCCACGCAACAACUCACGAAACAAGCCCAAUAUCUUAACGAGAAAAUGGGUUUACCAAUAGCUACAUCAGCGCCCACUGAAAAAGUCAUUGAGCUAAACAUCGGUGACGUCAUUCAUCCUACAACCCGACAACGUUUAACUAAUACAGAAGCCUAUCGCUUCCAUGUAGAUUCCACCAGUAAACGAAUUGUGAUAACAGGUACAACGGAGGCGGGUGUAUUCUACGGAAUUCAAACAUUGCUCGCAUUAUUUGACACAAAUAAUGACGUAUUCGUAACCACCGUGGUGGACCAGCCUCGAUUUGAAUAUCGCGGUAUGCACCUUGACGUUGCCAGAAACUUCCAUUCUAAAGCAUCCGUACUGCAACUUCUAGAUGCCAUGGCAACGUAUAAGUUAAAUAAAUUACAUUUUCAUUUAUCUGAUGAUGAAGGAUGGAGACUAGAAAUACCUGGAUUACCAGAACUUACACAGAUUGGUGCUACUCGAUGUUUUGAACCAACGUGCCUUCUUCCACAAUUGGGUUCCGGUCCAACAAACUCUACUUCCGGUUCAGGUCAUUAUACUGUAACAGACUAUCAGGAGAUUUUGACAUAUGCUGCUGAUCGACAUAUACACGUUAUACCAGAAUUUGAUAUGCCGGGUCACGCUCGGGCAGCCAUUAAAGCUAUGGAAGACAGAUAUAGCAAAUUAAAAAUGCAAGGGAACAUGGCAGAAGCAGAAGAAUAUAUUCUAACAGACCUCAAUGACACCUCUAAAUACUGGUCUGUGCAGAACUUUGAUGACAAUGCCGUGAAUCCUUGCCUCAAUACAACGUAUGCCUUCCUGUCACAUGUCUUAGAUGAGGUGAAGAAAUUACACGCGAAUAUCCAGCCCCUAACAUUGUAUCAUUAUGGUGGUGAUGAAGUCGGUAAUGGUGCCUGGGUUAAUUCAACUAAAUGUAGAGAAAUUAGCUUGAGUAAAGACGUGUCUUCAGAUGACAUCAAAGAAUUAUUCUUUCGCCGUGUGGUUAAUUUAACUGGCGAAAAAGAUCUCCAUUUAGGAGCCUGGGAAGAUGGUGUCAUGAAGGGCGAGGAUCCAUUUAAUUUUACUGGACCACAUAAAGAUAUGUACGCCUAUUCCUGGAAUAAUAUAUGGGAAUGGGGUGGGGCUGGACACGCCCAUAGGUUGGCUAAUGCUGGCUAUAAGGUUAUUAUGGCACAAGCGACCCACCUUUAUUUUGACCAUCCAUAUGAACCUGAUCCAGUAGAAAGGGGAUAUUAUUGGGCACCAAGAUUUGCCGAUGCCAAGAAAACGUUUGGUUUUAUGCCUGCAAAUCUCUAUGAGAACAUAGACGUUACUCGAUUUGGGAAACCACUCACAAAAGAAGACGUUUGUGGUGCGGAAAAUGAACAUUGUCCUGCAUUAACUAAACCUGAAAAUGUUGCUGGUAUGCAGGGUCAUCUCUGGAGUGAAACCGUUAGAACAACAGAUCAAUUAAAUUAUAUGAUAUUUCCAAGACUAUUGGCGGUAGCCGAGAGAGCGUGGCACAAAGCCGACUGGGAAACAGAAGGUAACAAGAUCACACGUGGAGCUUUGAUUGAUGCUGAUUGGGCAGAUUUUUCAAAGGCCGUUGGAGAACGAGAGUUACCUCGACUUGAUUCAAUGGAUAUCAAGUUUAGAGUAUCUCCACCUGGCGCAAGGGUAGAAAAUGGUAAACUGAUGGUUAAUACGGAAUAUUCUGAUCAAGUUGUUGUAUACAGUAAAGAUAAUGGACUCACAUGGAUUAUACCUACUGAAGAAACCAUGAUCAACCAACCCAUUCUUCUCAAAUCAAGAACACCAGAUGGUAAAAGAGAAAGUCGAAUCACAACCCUUUAUCCUGUUGAACCGUUACCAAUAGUUGACCAAUCAGUCAUAGAUUAUAUAGCAGACUAUCUUUCUAUAGAAUACGAAGUUCUUAAUAAUUUCGACAGCGGCUUAGAUACCUAUUUAGCAGAAUAUAUCUUGAAAAAUGUCGGCGAUAAAGAUAUAGUACUUGGUAAUUGGGAGAUAUAUUUCUACAGUAUUUACAUGGUAGAACCACGUUAUCUUAAAGGGGGUCUACCAUACGAACUUCCUGGAUAUAACGUCAUUUUACAACAUGUCAAUGGUGGGUUGUUUAAACUGACUCCAUCGCGAAGCUUUGGUGUAAUGAGGCCAGGAGAAUCCCGGAAUUUCCAAAUCCGAGUGGAAUAUUGGUCCGUUGCUAAGAGUGAUGUCAUGCCGAAUAUUUAUGUGACUGCUGAAGGAAUGACGAGUAAAACUAUCAAGAGUACGGCUGGUGAAAGUCUGUCGUUCGUGCAUGACUACGUCAGGAUGAACCAAUGGAAAAGAUAUAACACUGAAAACUUUAAAGACAGGUUCGAUCCUUUCACAUUAAAUCACCGAUUCACUGUGAAUGAUGACAUCAAAGAUCUUGGUCUUGCACCAGUUCCUAUUGUACCAACGCCAUUAUCUUACGUCAUAGAGAACGAGAAAACUCUUUCACUGGGAGAAAAGGACUGGACUAUCGUGGCUGUUUCUUUGUUGAACGAAGCAAAUUUCUUACAAGCUGGUAUAGCAGAUCAUGGGUUACCGGUACCAGCAAUAGCCUCCAACAAACCGUCCACGAAAUUCAUUCAUCUCGUCAUUGGUAACCCGGAAGUUGGUGAUAACAAUGCUACUUCUACAUCACCGGAAGCCUACUCACUCAAUGUAGAACCUGGUAGUCAAACCAUAGAAAUAAAAGCUCUGAAUGCUAAAGGAAUAUUUUAUGGUGUCCAGAGCUUACUCAGCUUCGUCAAGAAAUCCAAAAACGGUCAAAUACCUAAAGCUAUGAUUAAAGACGCCCCUCGAUUCCAAUAUCGUGGAAUGCACCUAGACGUCGGAAGGAAUUUUCAUCCUAACACUUCCGUCCUGAGACUCUUGGAUGCCAUGGCAAUGUAUAAAAUGAAUAGAUUCCAUUUCCAUCUUUCGGAUGAUGAAGGAUGGCGAUUAGAAAUUCCUGGAUUAGAAGAGUUAACACAGAUUGGGUCAAACAGGUGUAGUGAUAUGACAGAAAAGUCCUGCAUCAUUCCGCAGUUAGGGUCCGGUCCAGACACAACUACUUCCGGUUCCGGUUUCUAUACUAUAGACGAUUAUAAAGAAAUAUUAGAAUAUGCAGCCAAACGUCAUAUUGAAGUCAUUCCUGAAUUUGACAUGCCCGGUCACGCCCACGCUGCUAUAAAAUCUAUGGAGGCCCGGUCACAGCGUUUAACUGACAUUGGUGAAACUAAUGAGAAUGCAAAUUAUUUUUUGCUGCACGAUCCUACAGAUAAAUCACACUAUAUGUCAGUACAGAACUUCAAUGAUAACGCCAUCAACCCUUGUAUAGAAACAACGUAUAACUUUGUACGAUAUGUAGCUCAACAGGUUAAAGCCAUGCAUGACAAUAUCAACCCACUGAAAGUCUUCCAUUUUGGAGGAGAUGAAGUAGCUUCUGGGGCUUGGUUAAAUUCAACCGCUUGCAACAAUCUGGACCAAUCAGUCACGAGUCUUAAGGAAACAUUUACUAAAAGGGUUUCCGGUUUGACGCACAGUCUGAAUUUGAAUCUUGGUGGCUGGGAGGAUGGUUUGAUAGAAAAGAAUAAUAUCCCCUUUAACAGAAGUGUUCUUAGUAAUAAAGAAGUGUACGGGUAUGCCUGGUCUAAUGUGUGGGAAUGGGGAGCGGCUUCGAGGGCCUAUGUGAUGGCUAAUCUGGGUUACAAGGUUGUAAUUGCUUCUGCCACGAAUUAUUAUUUUGAUCAUCCAUAUGAAUCCGACCCAGAGGAACGUGGGUUUUACUGGGCAACUCGUUACACAACCACCAAAGAUGUAUUUUCAUUCAUGCCUGAAAGACUUUAUGAUAACGCGGAGAUGAGGACCUCGGGAGAUCCCAUCUCCAAAGAAGACUUCUGUGGAGAAGAUUUUGUUAAUUGUCCUAGCUUAGAAAAAUCAGAAAAUCUAGUUGGUAUUCAAGGCAACCUGUGGAGUGAAACCAUCAGAACUCCAGAACAGAUGGACUACAUGAUAUUUCCCAGGAUGCUUGCUCUAGCAGAAAGAAGUUGGUUUAAGGGAGAUUGGGAGAAUAUGGAUGAUAAAGAGGCUAGGAAUAAAGCGAGAGAUGCGGAAUGGACGAGGUUCUCUAAUACACUUGGAUAUGGUGAAAUGAAAAUAUUAGAUGGAAUGGGAAUAAAAUACAGAGUUCCUCCCCCUGGAGCAAAAAUACGAGACAAUAAACUAUACGUAAACUCGGAAAUACCCGGAUUAACAGUAUCGUUUAGUAAAGAUGACGGAAAGACGUGGAAUCCUGUGAGUUCAGAUGGAAUAAGCGUGAAUGGAGGUGAUAACAUUCAGUUAGUGACGUGGUCUGCUGAUAAACAAAGGAAAUCCCGUGAAACGUCAUUGAAGGUACCUCAAGUAUCAUCAGCACCAAGAUUCUAUUCAAAUAUACCCCUCAGUGCAAUUAUUAUUCUCAUGUUGUGUAUCGUGUUUCAUUGAAUAGUCAUUUAGGCCACGUCCAUAUAAUUUCCUGUUCUUUGGAAACAUCUGUAAAACAAAUCCCUUCUUAUUUGAAAUCCAAAAGAAGUGGGCUGUGCUAUUCAAAAGCUGUUCGUUCCAAAUGUGUAAGUUUUGAAAUUUCAAACAAAACAUCUUGCUGUUCAAAAGCUAUUCGUUCCAAAUGUUUAUAUUUUGAAAUUUUAAACAAAACAUCUUGCUAUUCAAGAGCUAUUCGUUCCAAAUGUUUAUGCUUUGCAAUUUUAAACAAAACAUCUUGCUGUUCAAAAGCUAUUCGUUCCAAAGUUUUGAAAUUUUAAGCCAAACAUCUUGUUGUUCAAAAGCUAUUCGUUCCAAAUGUUUAUAUUUUGAAAUUUUAAACAAAACAUCUUGCUAUUCAAGAGCUAUUCGUUCCAAAUGUUUAUGCUUUGCAAUUUUAAACAAAACAUCUUGCUGUUCAAAAGCUAUUCGUUCCAAAGUUUUGAAAUUUUAAGCCAAACAUCUUGUUGUUCAAAAGCUAUUUGUUCCAAAUGUUUAUGUUUUGAAAUUUUAAAUAAAACAUUUUUCUCGUGAUUAAAGUGGAUGUUUAUUUAUCAAAACAUCGAAGAACAGAAAAUUAAAUUUAUGUGGCCUAAGUAAAUAUUUUUUUUUUACAAUUCCUUUAAAUACAUAUGUAAAUUUAUUGUACAUAAAUUGAAAUUUGCAAAUAUCUGAAUUACGUGUAUGGCAGCAUUAUUUAGAAGAAAUGGAAAACUGUCAAAGCGGCACUGAUUGUGAAAUAAUUUGAAUCUGCUUCAAGAUAUUUUUUUUAUUCAAAAUAAUAACACGUAUGCUUAUGUAUAGUUAAACGUAUGUAAAUAAUAUAGAAGUAUAAUUUUUCAAAGUUAUAUUUCUUCAACAAACCUGAUCCAAAAUAAUUAUUUAUUGAAAAUAUCUUCAAACAAUUCAGGGGGGGGGGGGUGGCCGAAUGGUUAGCACGUGCGUGCUGUAUCAUGCGGCCUGUCAUUGAGUCAACUGGCGUGGUUUCGAAUCCCCGGUUGUACAUGACAAGGAGUAGGGUCGCUUGUCCAACCUCGUGGUUUUUCUCCGGGUCCUCCGGUUUCCUCCCACUGCUAAAGACCCCUACGCGCAAGCGAAUUAUGGAAAUAAAAUUAAACCAUAUUAUGUUAGUCCCGAAAUGACCUAGUUUGUGUCGAGUGGACGUUAAACCCCAUUUUUCUCUCUCUCUCUCUCUCUCUCUCUCUCUCUCUCGCUCUCUAAUAAAUAAUAUAAAUGUAUUAUUAUGAAUGACACUCUUUAAGUGCAUGACACCGUUACUAUGCAACGGACGAAACAAUCGUUUCACUUCGCGCAGCACCUUCUAUCUGGAAUUAUCUACCCUUAGACAUCAAAGAAUCAAAAGCUGUAGACAUCUUCCAGUUACGUUUGAAGACACACCUAUUUGACGGAAUUAAACAGUAAAAGAAUCCACAUUAACGUCAAAGCACAUCAGGCGCUUUAUCAAAGUAUUGUUUGAGCUAAACACAAAUUCUUUGUUGUUUGAUUGACGUAUUGAACGUGGGACAAUAGCACGCGCCUCCUCUUCUUCUAGUAGGGGUUUUGCGUCCGCUUCCACCUAGGGCGAUAUCGCACGCGCUGAUACUUAAAUGGCUUAAUAGUGGUUGACAAUUUGUAAUUAUAAAAGUUAAUAAUUUAUUUUGGUCUUUUUUUUAUAAUUUGUAUCCAUAAAUUUAAUUUUACUGGUCAUUAGAAAUAUAUUACUUGUAGAUAAAAAUACGUUUGGUGGAUCAAAUAGAAGGGACAUAUAUUAUCUUUAAAGAGUCAACAAGACAGAUAAGAGACAUAAUUAAAUAUUUUGAGUUUGCAUCCGCUUACAUCGAUGCCAAGAGAUUAUGUAACCGAUAUUUUGGGUUAUAAUUCGUGUUAACUGCAUUAUUAAAGAUACAUUAUGUGAGAUUAGAUAAAGAGCUGGCAGUUAUCACUAUAAUAGUUAAAAACUAGAUAAUGUAAAGGGAAUUUACUGAAAAUUUCAGUCACAUUGAUCCAUUGUGAUUGAAUUUUUGGCCUAGCCUCGAUCAUAUUAAUAAAGUCGGUACGAUAAAAAAUAUGUUCUCGAUUAUCCAUUUCAUGAUUUAAUCAUGAAUGAAAGUUGAGCAGCAAAUCGUAUCCUAAUCCAGUAAAUAUCGCAGGCUAGCGAUGCCAUCGAGAGUUGAUUAUGGUCUGGAUAAGUUAAUUAAUAAUUUAGAUAACAUUUCAGGCAUAAAGAAAGACCUGCAAUUGGCAGAUUUAGCUCUUGCAUAAUGUAUGUUUAAAUAGUAAUGUUAGCGUGUAUGUCUAUGAAUAUUUCUGUCUUGUAAUUAUUAAUUUAAAGUGACUGUAAAUAGAAUAGGUCUUAUAUUAUAAUAAUAUUAUAUUUUGUAUAGUUUAUUUUUGAAGACUUUACAUUAUGUUGAUCUGGUGAAUAAAAUGUUGAUUUGAUAAUAAAACAUUUAAUGUAGAUAA